AUGACUGCAAACAACUCCCCAUACUACGAAGCAUUGCCAACCAAUUUGAAACCAAUACAUUAUGAUGUGUCUGUGACUGACAUUGACUUAAACAAUGAUACAUUUAAAGGCACUGUUGAAAUUCAAUUAGAUGUUGUUGAGCCAACCAAUGAAUUGUAUUUGAACUACCGAGAUAUUUCUGUGUCACAGGAGAACGUCGAGGUCACCUAUAAUGACAAAAAGGUAUCAAUUGAGUCGCUCACGGAGUACAAGAAGAAAGAAUACUUUGUUGUCAAGUUGGCUACAAAAUUGGAGACGGGUCAAGUUGUUGUCAAGAUCAAUUACGAUGCCAUUGUUCAGACAAAUAUGGCAGGUUUCUACAAAUCAACUUAUUUGGAAAAUGGAGUCCAAAAGACUAUGUUGAGUACUCAAUUCGAAGCAACCGAUGCCAGAAGAGCAUUGCCAUGUUUAGACGAACCACUUUUGAAAGCAACAUUUAGAGUCAAAAUCACUGCCAGUUCAGAAUGGACGAUUCUUAGUAACACGCCGAUUCAAUCUAAAACCGAUGCUUCUAAUGGAUUGCAGACUGUGGAGUUUGAAAAAACACCCAUCAUGUCAACAUACUUGUUAGCGUGGGCAUGUGGCGAUUUCGAGUACGUUGAAAGUUUCACCAACGAUGAAUACAAUGGAAAGCCGUUACCAGUUAGAAUAUACACUACCAAGGGGUACAUUCAUGAGGCUAAAUUAGCCUCUGAAAUCACCCCCAAGAUUGUUGAUUACUUUUCAAAAGUUUUCCAAAUCAAAUAUCCCUUGGCCAAAUUGGACCUUAUUGCUGUACACUCGUUUUCACAUAAUGCUAUGGAGAAUUGGGGUCUUGUCACUUAUAGAUCAACGGCUUUGUUGUUCAACGAGGAGAAGUCUGACCCUUCUUAUAAACAAAAGGUAGCAUAUGUUAUUGCGCAUGAGCUUGCUCAUCAAUGGUUUGGUAACUUGGUAACAAUGAAGUGGUGGGAUGAAUUAUGGUUAAAUGAAGGAUUUGCCACUUGGGUAGGAUUUUUGGCCGUUGACUAUCUUUACCCAGAAUGGAACAUUUUCAGUGAAUUUGUUAGUGAAUCGUUGCAAAACGCGUUGGAGUUGGAUGGAUUAAGAAACUCGCAUCCUAUUGAAGUACCAGUUAUUGAUGCAUUAGAUAUCGAUCAAGUUUUUGAUGCAAUUAGUUAUUUGAAAGGUGCUUCAACCAUCUUGAUGAUUUCCAAGUAUUUGGGAACUGAGUUAUUCCUCAAGGGUGUUUCGUUAUAUUUGAGCAAGAAUAAGUACGGAAAUGCCACUAGCCAUGACUUGUGGGGAAGUGUUGGUGAAGUAAGUGGGAAACCAAUUGACAAGUUAAUGAAUACUUGGAUUAAAAAAGUUGGAUUCCCCAUUGUCAAUGUUGAAGCAAAGGAGCUGGCAUUGGCACUUUCUCAAUCAAGAUUCUUGAAUGGUGGUGAUGUGAAGCCUGAUGAUGAUGAAUCAGUAUGGUGGAUUCCAUUGAAUGCCAAGUCAGAUACUCCUAUUGCCCUUGAUUCCUUUGAUGAGAAGAACGUAAUCAUUGAUAACACCACCUUAAAGGAUGGAAAAUUCAUUAUCAACCUGGGUACGUCAGCCUUUUACAGAGUCAAUUACUCGGAUGAGAUUUUGACCCAUAAUGUUAUUGCCCAUUUUGAUUCAUUAUCAACCACCGAUAAAGUGGGAAUUAUUGCUGAUUCAGCAGCCCUUGCAUGCGCAGGAAACAACUCUACUAAAAACUUUCUUAAACUAGUUGAGCAGAUUGUGCCAAAGUUGGGUGAUGAUUUUGUCGUUUGGUUAGAAUUGGGCAAAAAAUUGGGUCAAUUCACCAUUGUAUUUGCUACUGACGGUUUAUCACCAAAGAUUAAUGAAUUUUUGAAACUGGUUUAUUCAGCAAAAGCUAUUUCUAUUAUCGAAUCGUUAAAGUCUUCCUCGAGGGAAGCUCAAACUUCUGAUUUCACCCAAACUAAAUUCAGAUCGGAGAUUUUAAACAGAGCAGGCAAGUUGCAAAUCCCACAAGUUUAUGAUUAUGCAUUGUCAUUAUUCAACAGUAACAAACCUAUCCAGCCAUGGUUGCGUUUAUUUGUUUACUCAACCAUUGCCUCGUCUCCCAACUUCACCAGCGAGCAAUUCAAGAAAAUCCUCACCUUCGUUACUGAACCAGAUUCAUUAGAUUCUCGUGAAGUAGCAUUGACAGCACUUGGAUCAGUCACCAAUCCAGCAGUAGCAUCAGAGUUGAUUCUGUUGUUGGUUGAACCAGAGACUAUUCCAACAAUGGAUGCUCAUUUCUUGGGCCAGAAGUUGAGUGCCAAUAGUGCCACGAGAGAUGAAUUCCUCAAGUUCUUUUUAGACCAAUAUGAUGCAAGUUUCUACAAGAUUAUGUCGACAAAUAUGGUGGUUUUGGACCGAUUUGUCAAGUUAACAUUGAAGAAUUUCCAAAGUUUGGAUAAAUUGACCAAGAUUGAUGACUUUUUCAAGACACGUGAUGUGCAUGGAUUUGAACGGGCAUUGAAACAAUCGUUGGAUUAUAUUAGAAUAAAUGCAAAUUGGUAUGCUAGAGAUCAUGAUGAAGUGAAGUCGUUUUUGGACAAGUAUUGA